AUGCCGCGUCCCGCAAGGCGCCCCUCGGCGGGGCCGCCCCGUGCCCGCCCCUGCCCGUCCCGCCGCGGAGCCGCCUCCGCCGGGCUCUCUCCGUACUGGCUGUGGCGCCGCUGGAAGUGCCGCUCGCUCUGGCGCUGGCGGAGCAGCGCGGUCUUUUGGCUCCGCCUGGCGCGGGCUCUGGCCCGGCCCCGGCCGAGGCCCCGGCCCCGAACGAAGCCCCUGCCGCGGUUCCGCCCGCAGCCGCCCCGCUGCCGCCCCGCGCACGCCCCGUCGCCGACAGCGUCGCCGGCGGCUUCCCCGCUCCGAGCUCCGCCGCUCGUCAGCUCGGCCGCCGGCCCCGAGCCGCCGCAGCCCGGGCCGGCUUGGCAAGCAGCAGCGCGCCGGGCGCUCGGCUUGCCGGGGCAGAAGAGCGGGAGUGCGGUGCCGCCCGCACGGGCGGAGAAGCCUCCCCUGGAGCAGCUCUACCGCGAGGGCCCGCUGCUGGGGAGCGGCGGCUGCGGCAGCGUUUACUCCGGGACCCGGCUCGCCGACGGCGCCCCGGUGGCCAUCAAGCGAGUGUGCCGCGAUCGCAUCCCGGAGUGGGCGCGGCUGCACAACGGCGCCCUGGUGCCCCUGGAGCUGGCGCUGCUGUGGAUGGUGUCGUGCCCUGGCUUCCGCGGCGUCGUGCGGCUCCUGGACUGGUUCGAGCUGCCCGACGGCUUCGCGCUGGUCAUGGAGCGUCCGCAGCGCUGUCAGGACCUCUGGGACUUCCUGCACGAGCGGGGGUUCCUGACGGAGCCCGUGGCGCGGGGGCUGUUCCGCCAGGUGCUGGAGGCCGUGCGGCACUGCACCAGCCGCGGCGUCCUGCACCGCGACAUCAAGGCCGAGAACGUCCUCGUCGACCUGGCCACGGGCGAGGCGAAGCUCAUCGACUUCGGCUGCGGCACGAUCCUCCAGGACACGUUCUACACCCGGAUGUCAGGAACGCCGGAGUACAGCCCACCGGAGUGGAUCCUCUUUGGCUGCUACCAUGGCCAGCCAGCCACCAUCUGGUCCCUGGGCAUCCUGCUCUAUCACCUGGUCUGCGGGCACCUUCCUUUCCACACAAACGAGGACAUCGUCCGGGGCCAGCUCUUCUUCCCGCCCCGGGUGUCUCAAGAGUGCCAGCACCUCAUCAGGUGGUGUUUAUCCAUGGACCCCACAGACAGGCCAUCACUGGAAGACCUUUUUGAGCAUUCUUGGCUGCAGGAGCCCUGCUUGGCCCAGGAGACAGCAGAGACCCAUCCCUCUGCUCAGUAGGAUCCAGGAGCCCAGCAAGUACCAGCUGCACGCGUCUGGUGGCACUCCAAGAAAACCCCGGAGCGUUUCCCUGCGGCCGUGGCACGGAGGAGAGAGCGCAGCCGAGGAGAUGCUUCCGCUGGUCCCCGGCGAGUUGUGGAGGGAGCGGCUCAGUGCUCCCUGUGCCAUUGGAGAAGUGGUGGCAGUGUGGUGAAGGUGCCACAGACUGGAACAGGGGAAACAUCCCCCUGCAGCUCAAUGGCAUCGGGAUGUCCCCGCAAGCCGAGGCACAGCUGGCGUGUUCUUCUGGUGCACCACGUGGAGCUGGGAACACCAUCCUGGAGCUGGCCGCUGGCGGGGCAAAGCCGAGCGGCUUUGGCUGCGGCCCCUUCCUGGAGGACACGCUCUGCGCCCCGAUGAAAUCAAGAUGAGUCCCCAGCCGGCGCAGGGGCGGGGGGAUGCUCGUGCUUCCAGGCAUGGCAGGGCUCGGCCUGGCCACGCGCCGCAGGUUCCCCGCUCGGCGGCGCUGGGGAAUAUUAAUUUUUUCCCCCGGCUGCCGAGCUGCUUUUUGGUGGGAUAGGGGGCAGAUGUUGUGGAAGGGGAGCCGGCUCCUGGCCUUGCUGACAGCUUCUGCCAGCCAGCCUGGCACGGGCUGGGGCGGGGGCAGCCAGCCUGACAAAACAUCCAUCCAUGUGGAUGGGGGCAGCAGAGGGGGACGGGUUCCGAAGCCGUGCCCCAGCUGGUCUGCUUUGCAGGCCCUCGAGGAAGGGGUGCGUUUACAGGCGGGAAAGGUGGGGUUUUUCCCCACCCAUGGACAGGUUUCAUUCUCGCAUGGAGUGGUCAGACCCUCCUCAGGCCCGUGAAACGUUGACAGGCUGUGUUGUUUUUCUUGUUUCCAGGUCUUGUUUUGAAUUGACUUCCAUGCAAUUGUUCUUUGUUUUUCCCAGGAAGAUUACACCUGGUGCCCGGACCGCAUGGGGAAGCGCCUGCACCGUCCGUGGAGCACAUCCAGUGCCAGCGCUACCCUAGGGGCCACGGCCUGUGGGGACAUCCCCUUCAAGAAGGACGAGGACCUCGUGUGGCAUCAGCUCCUCUCCUGGCAGCAGGUCUGCAGAGGCUGCCAUCACCUCAUGCCAUGGAAACGGCUCCGCUCGGCCUGCCAGGCUGGGAGGGCUGGAGGGCGGCGGGUGUUCAUUUGCUGUCAAAAAGAAAUCGUUCUAUUUUUUUGUCA